AUGGCUGUCGUUGGGCAUCCCAUGAGCCGCAGCCCGUUUCAAGGCGACUCCCACGGUAUCAAUGGGACGCAUAUCAAGAGUAUACCGAUCUUGCCGUCCACAAUCGCACCCUCCAGCAGUGGGACGGAGGCAAUGGACGUCUCGAAGCCAGAACAGUCCGCUCCGACCGCGAACAUGGCGCCACCUGUACUCGGCAGCCCGAUCGUAGAGCGGCCCUCCGACACGUUUGCAUCACCUCAAGUCGAUCAGCAUACAUCUUCUACUCUACCGGUUGGCGCUGUCGCCGCAGCCCACCAGCCUAAAGUGGUGCAGACUGCUUUCAUUCACAAGCUCUACAAUAUGCUGGAGGAUCAGACCAUACAACACCUCAUAUCAUGGUCAAAUACGAAUGAGAGCUUCGUUAUGUCGCCAUCCUCGGAAUUCUCGAAAGUCUUAGCGUAUGUCGAUCAAAUUCUCCUCCACGUGCCAACACAUGGCGAUGGCGUGCUGAUGCAGGUCAUUAGUCAGUACUUCAAGCAUACAAACAUAUCAUCGUUCGUCAGACAGCUGAACAUGUACGGGUUUCACAAAGUGAGCGAUGUCUUCCAUACCGGCGCCCCAGAUGCUCCUCUAUGGGAGUUCAAGCAUGGUGCUGGUAACUUCAAGCGAGGCGAUCUGGUCGGAUUGCGUGAGAUCAAACGAAGAGCGUCGAGGCAUGCCCUCAUUCAUCGCGAAUCGUUUUCCGCCAACCCGCCUAAAGUUCCGCAGCUGCCACUACCACCACAGCACCCUGGACCGCCCAUGGAGCCCAUGCCGGACCCGGUCGAAGCGCGCUUGAACAUGCUUGAGUGGAAUACACAAGACCUGUAUGCCAGGCUUACUCGAACCGAAGAGGCAUAUACUGCCGUGGCCACCAAGUGUGAGGUCCUUCUGGAAGGCCUCACCAAGUGUCACCAAUGGAACCAGGAGCUUUCCUCACAGUUGCUCUCAUUAGUGCCAGACCCGGACAACCCUGUUCACCGCGACGUCAGCGCCAUGCGGCAAGACAUCAUGCGGCAAGUCGAUCAGCUUCGCAACAUGGAGGAUCCACACGACGCUGGCUUUACCAGCAAGCAAUCUUACUUCCAUAACACCGCUAUGCCGAUCGAGCCAACAAUGUCAAUGUCGCCACGGCAGCGGCCGUUCGACGACUCACGAAGACCAUCGCUUCAGGCCUUCGGUCGCCCAAACUCAUUCCGAACACCGAUUCCGCCCCAUCUACAGAUCUCUCCUCGUCGCUAUGGCUCGAUUGGUAACAACGGUGGUGCUUACUCACCUACCUCGACCCGGCCAAACUAUCCACUGCCGCCGCCGCCUCCACCACCGCAGCCGCAGCAGCAGCAGCCUCAUCCGUUGUCAAACAUGACUUCACCACCAGGUAGCCUUCUGCGUCGUCACACAUCAGCUGACAUCCGCGUACACGGUUGGCCGGGUGGUCAAAACCCGUCGCAGUAUAAUCAGGGCAACUCGCCUUACGCAUCGGGGCAGUCGUCGGCGCAAUGGCCUUCGUCUCCGAAAGUAGCACCGCAGCCGGGAGACCAACAGCUGCAGGAUGCCCUCGCUCAAUAUGAGCUUCCGAGAGCGUCAAACACCGGUUCAAGGCAGCCGUCACCACCGCCAUCACAAGAUUCGGGUGUGCCAUCCUUCAGUAGCAGCUUUGGCCACUACGCCAAUAGCAACGAUGCAGGGUGGCAACUGCCAGGUCCUCGCUACCCCUUCAAGAGUCUUGAGGCACCUGGGGGCCCGAGCAGGCGCAGCAGUAUGGCGAGCAACGUGCAUUCGCUGCUCAACCCUGCAGACACAGCUGAGCGGGAUGACGAAGAUGAGGGUCCUGAUGAGCGGAAGAGGAAACGACUUCUAUGA